AUGGGGAUGAUUGAAGAAGGCCUUCGGCUAGGGGAAAUCAAUGGAGUCAACAUUCCUCGGAGGAAGAGAUCCAGCAGCGUCGAAUCCAAGCCUGACGAUGACGGAGCCUCCAUUUCCAUGAUGGAGGUGGCCACGAUUAUGAUCGCGAUGGCCAACGCGAACGGUGGCUACUACAAAAGGAAGAGGAAGAAAUCUUCGACGUCGAAGCAGAGGAAGAAAUCUUCGACGCCGAAGCAGAGGAAGAAAUCUCCGACGAAGAAACAGAGGAGGAAGUCGAGAGGAAAGGAAAUGGAGUUAGGGAAGAGUCCGCCGGAGAUGCCGGCGGCGAUGAGAGAUCGGAUUGUGGGAAAUGGCGGAAUCGAAAUCGAAUUGGUGAUUCAAAAGAAACUUGAAGAGAGUGAUGUGAACAGAAACAAUGGGAGAUUGAGUCUUCCGGCGAAGAAGGUGAGAAGGGAAUUUGUGAGGGAAGAAGAGAAAAAGAUUUUGGAUGAAGAAAAGGGGAAGAAUGAGAAGAAGAAGAAGGGAAUGGAAGUGGGGAUUGUGGAUGAUUUUCUCAGAGAAAGCUCCAUGUGGUUGAAGAAAUGGAAGAUUGGGAGUGGUAAGGAUUACUGUUUGAUGAACAAUUGGAAUUGUUUUGUGGAAGAAAAUGGUUUGAGAAGUGGGGAUUUCGUUCAACUUUGGAGCUUCAGAAUCAAUAGUUCUGACCGUCUCUGUUUCGCCAUUGUUAAACUCUCACAUCUCCUUUAA